AUGAAGCUGAUUCUGUUAAUUUGCCUUGGUAUAACAUGGUGCAAUGCAGUGCCAGCUGGUUAUCCCAAGAUGAAAGCUCCAGCAAAGCAACUUCCAAAGCCAGGCGGAGGUGGUGGUGGGAAAGGACCUAAUUCCACUUAUUUACCACCAAAUAAGAAUGGUAAUGGAGGUGGUGGAGCCAAACCACCUGGUUCAACGUAUUUACCACCGGGUGGCGGUAAUGGAGGUGGCGGCAAUGGCGGUGGUAACGCCUAUUUACCUCCUGCUGGGGGAGGAGCAGGGGGUGGAGGAGGAGGCAAUGGAGGAGGAGGAGGUGGAGGCGGUGGUGGCCCAGUUAUACCAAUUAUUAAAAUGGAGUCACAGGUUAACACCGAUGGAUCAUAUAUGUACGAAUAUGAAACGGGAAAUGGCAUCAAUGUCGAUGAGAUGGGCUAUUUAAAAAAUGCUGGAGAUGAGGACAAUGAAGCCCAGGUUGCCGAGGGAUCAUUUUCCUUUACUAGCCCCGAGGGUGAUUCUUUCGUGGUAACCUAUAUAGCAGAUGAAAAUGGUUUUCAACCAAUGGGUGAUCAUUUGCCUACGCCGCCACCCAUACCGCCGGAAAUACAAGAGGCCCUGGAUAAAAUAGCUGCCGGUGGAGGACAUCCUGAUGAUGGAGGUGGAGGUGGGGGUAAUGGCAAUGGAGGUGGUAAUGGAGGCGGAAACGGUGGUUACGUGUAUUAA